AUGGCAACCACACGUCCCCGACACGUCCUCAUCACCGGCGGCUCCCGCGGCAUCGGCCUCGCCAUCGCGCAACUCUUCGCCAAAAAUGUCUACCGCUGCACCCUAAUCUCGCGCAGCGAAACCGCCCUUCAAGCCGCCCUAUCUACGCUUGAACCUCUUCCUCAAUCCGUCAAUCCACCAGACCAAGAACAUGCAACACAUGCCUACAUCGCCGGCGACAUCUCCGCCGUCUGGACCACGCAACUGCCCUCGCUGCUCCCCAAAUCCGCCUCCACAAGCAAAAUCGACGUUCUAGUAAAUUGCGCGGGCAUGUCGCAAGCGCUACUAUUCAAGACAAUGGACCCCGAGGCGAUCGAUCAGAUCGUCAGCACGAACUUGACGGCCAUGAUGGUGGGCACAAAAGUGUUGUUGCGGGGCGGAUAUUUUCGUAAGAUGGAGAAAGGGAAAGAUGGCGCUGCGUCUGAGGAAGAUGGCGUGUCCUCGAUUAUCAAUGUCAGUUCGCUGCUAGGCUUGAAAGGCGGGUAUGGAGCUGUGGCAUAUGCGGCGAGUAAGGCGGGUGUGUUGGGCUUUACGCGCGCGCUCGCGACGGAAUAUGCGAGUCACAAGGUCCGCGUGAAUGCUAUUGUGCCGGGGUAUAUUACUACGGAAAUGACCAAGAAUCUGGACGAGGAUGCGUUGAAGGUUUGGGAAGCCCGAGGAAGUAGCCAAAGCGGCGCUGUUUUUGGCGGAGAAUGGAUAUGCGCAUAA